AUGGCCGACAAUGGUCAGGGUGAUGCGGAGGAGCAGGUCUCAGUCGACCAGCUCACUCCCGAAGAAGCCAAUCGCAUCAUACACUCCCAUCGCAAGGUGCGCUACGCCAGCCUUGAGGAGUCAGAUGCCGUACCGGACCGGUACAUGGGUCAGAACAGUAUACCUGCGCUAUUGCGUGAACAGUCAUCGCCGACAGAUAGGAUUGAUCGCGUCGACAUUCGGCAAGACAUGAGGCCGAUUCUCGGAUUGGAAACAUCAGCUCCUUUCCCACUCAUGUCAUCGCAGCACCUAAAGCGAUUGGCACAGGAUAUCUCGACAGAGCUGCCGUCUGACAGGGAGGUUUGGAAGCUCUUCCACACCUACAAGGACAUACCGCAGCCUUUCUGGGGGUUUGUCAUUGACAUUGAUGAUUUUGAGGCGAAGCUCUUGGUCUAUCUCGAAGACCGGUCACGUAAUGCCACGUCUGCGACCAAGUCCUCGAGUCGCGUCACUCCUUCAUGGCUAGCUAUCCUCUUCGGCGUUCUGGCUGUGGCCUCCCAGUAUCAGGAGUCGCCUUACCAUGUCCGCACCAGAGACUCGCAAAAGUACAUCCAGACGUCGUUCCACUUCCUGCGGAUGGGCAACUUCUUGCUCAGGCCGUCGUUUGACUCGAUACAGGCUCUGCUGCUGACCAACUUUGUUCUGCUGAACGACAUGAAGGCUGAAGCUUCGUGGGCGUUGACUGGCUUAGCUUGUCGCCUCGCGCAAUCAUUGGGCUUGCAUCGGCCGAGUGUACAGGAUGGGCGGGAAAGCGCGCCACCCGAGAUCAAGGUCAAGGAGAUGAUUCGGCGGAAGCUGUGGUGGACAGUUGUCUGGCACGACACCCUCACGUCCCUGUCGUUUGACAGGUCGCCAAUGACCAACUUCCCCAGCUGCCCGAUCCCCGUCAGCUCUCACGACGCCACGCCCAGCAAUCUCACGUACCUCGAGACAAUGUACCAUCUCAUCGAGAUCAUAUCGCGCAGGCUGAACCCCGAUAUGCUUGUCAACGCCACCUACUUGCAGAUUGUGGAUAACGUUGAAGCAAUCGAGAAUCUGAGGAUGAAAGCCUGCGCCCACAUUCAAGACAAAGACAUGUGCAAGACAGCACUCGACCGGCUUCAGUACUUCGCCAUCCGCCUCCACACCUCUUUCAUCAUCUCGGUGGCGUGUCGUCCAGCCCUGCGGCGAGACUGCCCUUUUGACCUUGCGCAAAGGAGGGAGCUGGCCAACAGAUGCAAGGAGAAUCUCACAGAGACGGUGCGCAUGUUCCUCGCCAUGCACCAGGUGUCCGUGAUCCCCACCCGGAGCUGGGCGUUUACGUAUCACGGGCUGUCGUCAGCACUGCUCCUCGGUAUCCUCUGCGAGACGAAAGCUGACCCAGAAGUACGCCAACUUCAGGGGGACUUGAUCAAAGCGCUUUCGGCGACCGCUGCCAAGGAAGCCACGCCGGAGCCACACGUGCAGACAACGGACAAAGACAUUGAACUGUCUGGCCCGCUAUGGCGGGCGCUGACCGCGUUGAGGAACAUUUACGAGAACGGUACGAUCAUGGGAACACAGCUCAAAAGGGAGGGAGAUUCGUCAGCAGGCGGCAGUGGCUCGCGUACGCCUCUUCAAGCCAUUGCGGCUGGGCAGUACGGUGUGCCUCAUGGACAGUACCGCAGCUUGCCCACGGCGAACGACCCGCGGGAGAGUGCGGCCAUGGCAAUGGCGGAGAUGCAAAACGGUGCCUCGUUGCAGGAGUUUGGCGGAAACCCCUAUGCACCACAGGUUCCUCCUAGCCUCCACAUGGACGCCCUUUCUCCUAUCAACGCGGACCCGACACAGUACAUGGCACCGAUGGACUUGUAUGAUACAAUUUGGGGUGAAUCACCCGAUCCGUGGAGCUCGAACAUGGACGCGAUGAAUUUCGAAUUUCUGGCGCAACCACCGCCAGGGCAGUCCCAGCAGCAAUUCUACUUUUGA